AUGUCCUUCCUGGUGCGCCCCAGUCACGAGCUCUGGAGGUGGUACAAGCUUCGCUCCAAGCCAGGGAAAAAGGAAAAGGAGAGAGGGGAGAUCGAAGUGGACAUCCAGUUCAUGAGGAGCAACAUGACGGCCAGCAUGUUUGAUCUGUCCGCGAAAGACAAGGCUCGGUCUCCCUUCGGCAAGCUCAAAGACAAGCUCAAGGGGAAGAGGAGCAGCGCCCUGUCCGACACAGCCUCGGCCGUUGUUCCCAGCGCCACUCACUCCUCCGCUGACAGCGAAGAUGAGUCAAUCGAGAAGGAGAAGAAGAAGUCAAAGCUCAAAACCCUGUUUUCCAAACCUGGCCUGCACAAGACUUCUCUCUCCCAGUCCAUGUCGGUCCUGCCGACGCAGCUGCCUGUCACCGAGAGGGUUCGGCUCCGGCCCGGCGAUUUCCAGCCGCAGUGGGAUGACGAGGAGUCAGAGACCUCUCCGACCUCCGAGAAAGUGUUUGGAAACGCCCUGGAAGAGACGUCCUCUCCUCCUCCUGUAUUUAAAUCUCGCAAAACAGCAGCUUUGGACAGCAGGCAGCUAAACCAAGUAACUGCCAACCACACCAAGAAAGAAGGGCUCUCUUUGUUCAGUGGCCUUAAAUCCAAAAGCGAUCCCGUUUCCAAGUCUAGUCUGUGUAUCAAUGGCAGCCAUGUCUAUAUGGAAGAGAACACGAUGAAGGACAACACUCCAGCCUCUUCCCCCUCUCCUCACAACUUCAGGAGGAAGCAGCUCUUUGCUUCAGAAGAGAACCUGUCUUCCAGAUCUACUAAACCACCUGAAGAGACAGGCAGAACAUCUCCUGGUCAUGCUUUCUCUGGGUCUGCGUCUCUGGAGACUUUUAAAUCUAUGACUUUGCCAUCAUACAAAUUGCUUAGCAGUGAAGAACACCUGGAAACCAGCGUUCCUCCAACUGUCGAGGUUAUUAAAGAGACCAAAAAACCAGACCACAAAAAGUCUACCUUGCUCUCUCUGGUCACAGGGAAGAAGGAAGCAGUGAAGACCAGUGAUGCCGAGAAUAUUCCUGACAGGACCCUGCAGAAUGAGGAAAACAAAGUUCCAGAAGAGAAGAGUGAUCCAGAGGCCAAGCGUCUGGAACCUCCGGCAGGUUUAAGCAGAGGGAAUCCUUCAGAAAACAUCUUUGCAAAUAAGCAGCCGCUCAACCCUUUCGAGGAAGAGCAGAAACCCGAAAAAGCUGCCGUGCCGGCCAAGACCAAAGCUGUCAAGCCCAGACUCCAUCCCGUGAAGCCAAUGAAUGCCACAGCAAACAAGUCUCAAAGUAAAAACCUGGAUGUCAUCAGCACUGUGAACGAGAAGCUGCUCGAGGUGAACAUGAAGAAAUACGAUCCUUCGGAUCCUGCCUACGCUUAUGCUCAGCUCACGCACGAUGAGCUGAUCCAGCUGGUGUUGAAGCAGAAGGAUACGAUUACAAGGAAGGAUCUCCAGGUGCGCGAGCUCGAGGACUACAUCGAUAACUUGCUUGUCAGAGUCAUGGAGGAAACCCCAAACAUUCUCCGCGUUUCAGCGUCUGGAAACAAAAAGGCUGGGAAGAUGUGA